AUGUGGCGAGGUUUGCCUUUAUCGCGGUCAUCUAAGCCUGCUUAUCUAACGAUCUGUCAGGGUAGGCAUGCGCAUUAUGACAUAAAAAGCAUUAAUGGCCUUAGGAGGGAUGGACUAUCUAAACCCUUUGAGAGCAGAAAGAAUUCGGUACCGGCAAAUAUGCCGCAUCCCAGAUAUAUGGACGGGGAGGUUCUUGGUUACUACUCAAACCUGCUAGCAAGGGAAUCGUUUGUUGAUGAUUCCACUUGGAACAAACUCAUCACCCGGUCUAAGCAAAUAUAUCCUACAUUGGAGCCUAAGGAAAUCGCAUUAAUACUAAAUUCAUUGGCAAGGGUUAGGAAAGUCGACACUGAGUUGUUUAAUUUACUAUGCAAUCAAAUUGUAACGAAGGCUCACUUCUAUUCAUCAGUACAUAUAGCAAUGGUAUUGUCGGCAUAUAGCAAAGCAAAAAUUUUUGAUUCAAAGUUAAUAAACGCUAUGGUGAAUCAGAUAAAGAACAGAUUAUAUGAGUUCUUAACGCCAUUAGAGAUUUCAAUGGUUAUAAAUUCAAUCUCAAAAAUGCCAACUGAAUUUAGGGAUAAAAAUUUUUUAAACCGCCUAAGCUUACACGUACAAUGUCGACUAAUGGCCAUACCCUUUUUACCUAGAGAACUGGGACAAAUUGCUCAUUCCUUUGUGUCAAUGGGUUUCGAUGACACGCAGCUAUAUUCAACAAUCGCAGGACGUAUAAACUGCAUGAUUCAUCAGGCGACCCCUGGCGAGGCGAUAAAGAUUCUGGAAGCCUUUACUCGUCUAGGGAAGGCAUACCAAGACAUUUGCCGCAUAUGCGUGUGCCAUGUGAAUUCACAACUGAGCUUUAUGAGCCCUAUGGAAUUAGUGAAGAUUCUAUUCGAAGCGGGGAAUGCAUUUUUAAAAACGUCCGAACCCGUCCCCCUCGAGCUCAACGAUCUUAUUUACUCAAUCUUGACAAAAAUUACGGCCUCGGUUACGCAUACCUCGGCACCGCAGAUCGCCUCAUUGCUACAAAGUGUCGCUCGAUGGAACUUGGACUUAGGACUCAACGAAAUUCUCACAAUUAUCACGCAUACAAGGGCACUGGUUUCGGAGGCAGCGGUUAUGUCAAACUUCCCAGUGAACAGCUCCCCCAGGGAAGGGUCGAAGAUGAAGAACUUAGGCCAGACCUCGACUAUGGCUCCAGACAAGGUGACCACUCAGGAAUUCUUACUGGGGGAAGUGGGUGCAAUGAAUUCGGAAACAGCUACCGAGGAAACCAGAUUAGCACAGUCUAUAUGGAUGAAAGGAAAAACGCAUUGCGAUAUAAUGUUGAAGGACAGUCCCAUAUUAGGGGAUACGAAGGCGAUAAAGACUUCAUGCGUAGCAUCGCUGGGCUUGAUUCUCAGGCGAGUGAAAUCGCAAUAUCCCGAUACCUGGCCCAAAAAACCAUCGUCCCACAAAUUGAUCCAAUCCAAAAAGGAUAUCCAGGACCCUCAUCUGGUCCGUUUGAUGGGGAUCUCGAGUGCAUCAGUGAGCAAUAUCCCAGAAUACCCAGCGUCCAUCCCGGAAUCACCUCAUGCACAAUCUCAUGGGGCGCUCUCGACAAAGACCAGCAAAUUGAACAAAGUUUGCACAGAAAAGUCACAACCAUUAGACCUCUUGGAAGCUGCGCAAAUUCUCCAACGAAUUUGCAGCGAGUUUCGUUUGCUUGUCAUGACUAGCCACUCGUCAAUGACACUCAGCGACGUUCCAACAGCAUGCCGUGUCCUAGAAGCGUGUCAAUUAGUGGGCUAUAAGAGCGACGAGUUAUUAGGUAAAGUAAAGGAUCUGAUUUUGUGUAAGGAGUUUAAUAAGCAAUCUGCUACAUUACUGCGGUCGCAGUUGUUGGCAUGUGGUUACGACCCAGAGAAUGAUGUAAUGCAAGUCCUUAUGGAAUUUUAG